UCCAUAUAAGCAGCACGACUGCACGACCGAAGCCCUAGCAGAAGCAUAUCGGUGUUCCGCAGAGUGCGGUUUCUCGCAAGCACUUCUUGUUCGAUCGUUUUCUCGCCUCCCAGCACCUCCUCGAUCGGCGGCCAUGGCCGUGAAGAAGGACAACAAGGCGGCGGCAUCCUCGUCGGCGGCGAAGCCCGCCAAGGCCGGCAGCGGGAAACAGAAGCAGAAGAAGAAGAAGUGGAGCAAGGGAAAGCAGAAGGAGAAGCUCAACAACGCCGUGCUGUUCGACCAGCCCACCUACGACAAGAUGCUGUCCGAGGCGCCCAAGUACAAGCUCGUCACCCCCUCCGUCCUCUCCGAGCGCCUUAGGAUCAAUGUGUCCCUGGCUAAGAGGGGCAUCAAGGACUUGAUGGCAAGGGGGCUCGUAAGGGGAGUGUCACUUCAUGCCAGCCAGCAGAUUUUCACCAGGGCCACCAAUGUACCAUCGAGUUAGUUGUAUUUGCUAGUGGCGUUUUUCUUGUCCAGUACUAGGCUAAUUAGAUGAAAAUGAGUUGUAGAUUAAUAAGAAGUUGAUACCCUUGUAUUUAAGUAUAUUCUUCAGUCAGUACGAAUAGUGUUAAAUUAUCUUGUUUUUACAUGAUCAAUCUUUGUUCGUGGGAUUGUAGAUUUGAUCA